AUGGAGGACGAUGAUGGAUCCUUGUUGGAGAGAAACAGCGACCACAGUGAUCCACAUCGCAAAUCGGAAGUCGCAAGAGGAUUCAAACUCAUUAAGCCGGAGCCCAUCGAUGACUACGAUGACGACAGUGAUUCGACGCCCUCGCCUCGUGUAAAACAUAAACGCCAAUGCGCAGAAGUUGCAAUGAAGAAGAUCAAACUGGACAUUCAACCCGGACAAUUCGAUGCAUCCAGAGAUAAAAAGAAUGGUGCUGAGUCACGUGAAGGAUCCUGUGAUCGAAACGACUGCGCUCUUCAGAAGUCCUGCUCUUUAUCUAUCAAUCCGAAUUGUCUAAAAACGAUAACGGAUGCCUGUGGGAAGAACUUCUUUCACAUAACAAAGGGCGAACAUGUCUGCGGCAUCUGCUACGACGAAAUUUGGAAAUAUGGCCACACAUAUUCUCAACAGUUUGCCGAUUGGAAAGUAACUUGGUGCAAAAUGAGUCGCUGCUUUCCGACUCCGAGAUUCUUCGUUCAGGACCAAUUGCUUCCGUACUGGUUAGAGUGCCCUCAGUGUCACAAAUUUCGAAAGUUGGAUUUGGAGCCCACAGUUGUGAUAUCGACCGCAGAUAUAGAAAAGUUCCGCUGUUCUGACUGUAAUGUACCUGAGGACAAGUUGGCUUGUGAUGCUCGUCACCCUAACUGGAUUCUAUCCGCUUCCGUUGCUCCUUUGCUGCACAAUUCGCCUUCAUUGUACUACCUGCGUGAUCACUACUACUUGGACGAGGUAGGAGUGAGUCCGGCUGUUGCCAAGUAUACAGGGGAAGAGAAACUUCCGUCUUCCUCGUUUAUGGCUCCGUUUCACAUUCCAGAGGAACCGAUGGCAUUUUGUGUACGUCCUGAUGUAAUGGAACACGAUGAAUUGAAACGUUUCCCUCAAUAUUCUGCAGAGCCUAUUAUAUACCUUGGUCUUCGUAAUCUCGUAAUUACUUUGUGGAAUAUGAACCCAUUUGAAUAUCUCACAUUUGAUCAGUGUAAAAAACAUCUGAUUUCUCGGGGCCUAUGCCGAAUUUGGCAAACGCAGGAAUUGAAGAAGAUUUAUGAAUAUCUGAACGUGAAGUCAAUAGUCAACAUUGGUCUUCUCACGGUACAUACGCCACUUUCAUGCAGAACGAGGCGCUCCGCAAGUGUUGUUAUAAUUGGUGCGGGAAUCAGUGGACUGGCGGCUGCCCGUCAACUACAAGCACUGGGAACGAAAGUGACCCUUUUGGAAGCCAAGGACCGACCUGGUGGCAGAAUGCAGCGCUCCGCAAGUGUUGUUAUAAUUGGUGCGGGAAUCAGUGGACUGGCGGCUGCCCGUCAACUACAAGCACUGGGAACGAAAGUGACCCUUUUGGAAGCCAAGGACCGACCUGGUGGCAGAAUGCAGGCGAACAUUCCUUAUCGUCCUCUUCACCGUGAAUGUGCUAUGAUGGAUUCGGCUACAGGAAAAGUAAUGAAUCACAAAUUUUGUUGCAGGCCGACCGAAUUGCCGAUGAACACUGGAAUUGUAUUCAUGACAUACUUGGACACUGGCGCGCUCACACCAAAGGGCCUGAUCAUAGCCUUAUGGGACCCCCAUUUCAACCACAGUCAAAUAUACAAAACGAGGAUUUUGAACGAUGGAACAGUGGAGAUCGAUCUGCUAGCAGUAACUGAUCUCGAUCAUGAUAGCAAAGUAUCCAACAAAAAAUGGACUAGUUAUGCGAAGCGUGGUGUUCUGAGAAUUAGUCCUGAUCAUGACAAGGUUUCAGUUGAGUGGAAAGCCAACUCGGAUUUCUCUCUCAGCACUGAAAUAUCUUCCGGUGAUCGUGCCAUGGAGCUGUCCGAUCUUGCUGUUUUUGACGGCCGGCUGCUUGUUGGCGACGACAGAACUGGCUUAAUUUAUGAAAUUCGAGACAAUAAGGCGUUUCCCUGGAUUUUCUUGAAUGAUGGACCGGGGAAUGCUAGCAAAGGGCUAAAGCUCGAAUGGCUCACCGUGAAAGAUGAGCAUCUUUAUGCUGGUGGAUUGGGAAAGGAAUGGACCACUACCGAAGGGGAAUAUGUCAAUGACAAUCCAAUGUGGAUAAAAGUGGUAUCUCGUAAAGGCGAAAUCCAGCACGUAAACUGGCGCGACGUUUUCAUCAAAGUCCGGCGUGCUGCAGGAAUAGAGUAUCCUGGAUACAUGAUUCAUGAAGCUGUGCAGUGGUCCGAUACUCACAAAAAGUGGUUCUUCCUCCCACGGAGAGCUUCUCAUGAAAAAUACACUGAAGCAGAAGAUGAAACCAGAGGCACCAAUCUGCUCAUUAUCGGCGAUUCUUCACUAUCUUCGUUCAGUGUUGUUCACGUAGAUCAAAUCAACAUUGCGCACAAGAAGCUCGUGAAAGGAACUCGUCUGAAGUGGGGAGAUGCGUUCGAGCGUGCAUUUCAGUUCAAUCUAGGAAAUGCUGAAUUCAGUUGCGGAGCGAAAUUAAAUGAUGUAUCUUGGAGGAACUGGGAUCAAAACGAGGCUGUAAAUCAAUUUGCAGGGGCUCAUGCGCUCCUUAGCGAUGGUUGCGUGGAACUGAUCCAACGUCUUGCAGAAGGUCUAGACAUCCGUUACGAUCAUGAGGUCACGUUAGUUGAAUGGCUUCGUGCGAAAAAGUCUGUAUCGGUGAGCUGCCGCAAUGGCAGGAGAUUCAAUGCUGAUAAGGUGUUGCUGGCGUUGCCUCUAGCAGUUCUUCAGAAACACAGAGUCAGAUUCAACCCAAAGCUUCCGGAUAAGAAAACAAGGGCCAUGAAGUACAUUGGGGCAGGUCUCAUAGAAAAAGUAGCUGUGCGCUUUCCACGUUGUUUUUGGAACUCGCUUCUCAAGAAGGAUGGCACGCUAGACUACUUCAGUCAUGCUCCACGAAAGAGUUGCGAUCGUGGUCUCUUCAAUAUGUUUUACGAUUUCUCUCGCAGGGAUGCAAAUGGUGUGGCACCGUUCUACGUCCUAAUGUCAUAUGUUUGCGGUGAUUCCGUCGACAUUGUGAACAAGUACAGUGAUGAGGAAGUUGCCCAAAUAUUCGUCGACACUCUGAAACAGUUGUUUCCUAAUGAGGAUAUACCAGAACCGGAUGGAGCUGUGGUUACCCAUUGGGGCAGAGAUCCACAUAUUGGUAUGUCCUAUAGUUAUGUUCGGAUAGGUGGGACAGGAGCCCACUACGAUGACUUGGCGGCUCCGAUCGACGGAAAGUUAUACUUCGCCGGCGAGUGCACAAAUCGUUUCUUUCCACAAACGAUGACCGGCGCCUACAUCAGCGGACUUCGUGAGGCUGGUCGUAUAUGGGAGUCAUCCCACAACGAAAUAUGGAUUGAU